AUGUGCCUGCAGUGCGGCGCGGCGGUGACGCCGCUGUGGAGGUCGGGGCCGAUGGGGCAGGGCACGCUCUGCAACGCCUGCGGGGUCCGGCUCAAGGCGGCCGGGGCGCUGCGGGGGCAGGUGCAGCGCCACCCCACGCCGGCGACCGCGAGGACGCCCGCCCGGCCGCCCCCGCCGGACAGCCCGGUCUCGGAGUCGUCGCCCGACAGCCCGAUCUGGGAGCCCGGGUCAGUUCCCGAUGUUUACCUGGUGAGGAAGAAGCUUCUGAAGCGGGGGAGACCUCCGCCACGUCCGAGGACGGAACCCGCGCCGGCGCCCGCGCCAGCGGUGUACCUUGUCAAGAAGAAGAAGAAGGCAGCUUCGGCGAGGAAGCCGUGGCGGCCCACGAAGUCGGUGAAGCAGUGCCUGCACUGCGGGUCGUCGUCGACGCCGCAGUGGCGGGAGGGGCCGCUGGGCCGCAGCACGCUGUGCAACGCGUGCGGCGUGCGGUACAGGCAGGGGCGGCUGCUGCCGGAGUACCGGCCGAUAGCGAGCCCCACCUUCGAGCCGUCGGAGCACGCCAACAGGCACAGCCAGGUGCUGCAGCUCCAUCGGGAGCGGAAGAGGCAGAGGCAGAGCCACCACCACCAGCACCCUCUGCCCGCGGAGCAGCACCCUCCGCGAGCCAUGGACGUGCUCCAGUUCCUCCCCCCCAGCGGUGGCACGUGA